AGUCAAGUUCAGACUUCUCGUAAUCACAAUGAAUCGUUUUAUUGCAAUUUUAAUUUUAUUUCUCGUCGGUACGACAAAAGUUCAGUGUCAAGAACUCGAAGUUGAGUGUCAAGAAAGGAAGAACGAUUCAGACAAUUGUUAUUUGCGACAUGUACAUCUAGAAAAUAACUCAACGAAACUCCGAUUCAUUAUUCCAAUUGAUUCAAACUUCACCAAUGUCGUAUUUGAUUGCUCUAAAAUAAAUAUUUUCCCAACGGAACUUUUCGAUCAACUGCCCAAUGUGGAUACUCUUGAACUGAACGAUGCCCAGAUUUCAGUUAUUCCGGACUUUUCAUUCCAAAAUGCAACAAAACUCCAUCAAAUACAUCUACAGUCCAACUUGUUGAGAAAAAUUAAUGAGAAUACUUUCGUUGGUGCAACUUAUUUGGAGUUUAUCGAUCUGAGUAAAAAUCGAAUUGAUCAAAUUUCUCCGAAAGCCUUCGACAGUACACCCAAUGUGAAGAUUAUUGUUCUGAGUGAAAACAAAUUAGAAAGUAUUGACGCUGCAACUUUUGCACCGCUGAAGAAUUUAACUGAACUUAGUUUGUAUGAGAAUCAGAUCAAGUUGGUCGCUGCAUCAGCUUUCUCGAAUAAUGGAAAUUUAGAAGAGAUUUUAUUGCACGAUAAUAAUUUGGAAAGCUUAGAACUGGAAAUUUCGUCUAAAAUGAAAAUAUUGGAUGUUUCGCGGAACAAAUUGAAGUCGCUAACACUGAAACCAGGAAACGUUACUGCUAACGAAGCCAAGAUAAAAAUUUUACGAGCCAUUGGAAACAAACUUUUAACAGUCAACAUCAGUACCAGCUUGGAUGUUAGAAAACUUUUUGUUUCGCAGAAUCAAAUUGGAAGUCUUGAGAACGUUUCAACAUCCUCAAACCUUUCGGAGUUUCGAAUUGCUAACAACUUGCUACAAAAUCUUCAUGGAAUCGAAAUUUUUUCAGACGUGGAAAUUUUUGACCUUAGUGGUAACAGAAACAUCACUUUUGAAAAAAAUAUUUUUGGUUCGUUAAAGCAACUUUUUUGGUUAAAGUUAACUGAUGUUUCGAUGAAUAGUUUUGAUCUCAAUUGGUUUGCUAAACAUGAAGAGUUAGCUGCAUUGGAGAUCGAUGAAAAUAAUUUAAAAGAACUGGAUUAUGAAGGAAUAACUCAAAGUUUUCCUGCUUUAUCAAGAGUUCACAUAAACUUUAACCAGUUUAAUUGUACAUUUUUAGAAAAGAUGUUGAAUUACUGGAGAAAUAACACACUUAUUCAUGUAUAUGAUGUCAAUUAUUUCAUUGAAUCAAACGUUUAUGGAGUACUUUGCGUGAAGGAAGAAAAAGAAUUCUCUGAGCUUAAUUAAUCAUUACGAUCUAGUUCAAAAAGCAGCGAAAAAGAAUAACUCAUAUAAGUUUUUGAGUUUUGAAAAAAAAUUUUAAUAACUUUACAUUCAACCAGUUUGAUUCGGCUCAU